GUGAUGAAAAAAGUGUAAAAUGAAGUCCGUUAUUUUAACCACUGUCUUAGCAGUGGUUCUACCUAUACUUGUUACAGCACUCAAGGAAAAUACUGCUAUCGAUGCAGAUGACGAAAAUCAGGUAUCAUACAGUGUUUGGUUAGGAAUAGGCUAUGGACGGAACAAAAAAUUUAUUUGCGGAGGUGCGCUAAUCGAUCAUGACCUUGUUCUGACAUCUGCGCACUGUGUUUAUGACCCAGAAAAGCGGGCAUUCAAAGAUGAACCAUACGUAGUUGUCACGGAAGCUCUAGAUGUUGAUGACACGAUGCAUAGUAUUCCUGUCAGCAAAAUAUAUACUCUGAAGCGGCCUGAUCCUACUCGUUACGACAUUGCUGUACUAAGGUUGAAGACAAGUUUUCCCAUUGGUGGUAACUCACCUAUUAAGACUAUAUCAUUACCCGAAGAAAAAACAAAAUUAUACAUUUUCAAGAAAUACAAAGAUUUCAUUGGUGUAAGAGCAGUAUUCACUGAUUUUGAAAGUGAAAGUGACAUUAAAACAACUAACCCUUUAACGAAAAAGAAAGAUUACUGGGGGAUAUUGGCUAAUAAUUUAAAAUAUGCAACCGCCGAAGUGAUAAAACACAAAGAUUGUGAUAAAUUUCCGGAUCGACUUUGUGCCAUAGGAAGAUCACAGCAGAAGAGCGAUUUGUGUUCGAAAAUUCAUCAUAAUGAUAGAGGAAGCCCUCUGGUAUACAACAACGAGUUAAUUGGAAUAACGAGUUACGGUACUAUUGAAAACUGCGGUGUCGCAGGAAUUGCAGUUUUUGCUAGAGUCUCUUAUUUUAUAGACUUUAUUAAGGGAAUUAUAGAUAAUAAACCUACAAAAGAUACUUUGGUUGCAUCGAUCAACGGUUACAAACAUUUUGAGUUUUUCAUGUAUAAGUGGGACAUAACUACAAAAUCAUCGAAUCUCAUACGUAAACUUGAAAAGCUCCAGCGUCUCUAUACUAUAUACAAUUCUGAAUCUGAAAAAGUAUAUUCAAGCUUCGAGAACGGAAAAAAACCAAGUGUUUCCGAAUAUCAAGCAAUUGGACAAUACGAAAGUGAAUUGCUUGCUUUUAAAAAUGAAGCAGAAAAGAUGCUUGCAACCGAAAAAAAUGUUUUCUUCAAACUUUAUUAAUAUAAAAAAUAAAAUCAAUGUAUUUUCUC